UUCAGCCUGCGACCAGAGAGAGGGGCAGGCAGAAUCACAGCUCUACACGUGCAGCCGCAGGAAGCCUGAGGCACAUACGGGCUCUCCAUCCUCCAGCAGCGGUUCCUGCUGCUGCCUCCAUCUGUCCAGGCAGAACCUGUUACUGUGAUGGCUGUGAGCCCUGCGAGUGGCAGUGGCAGAGCUGGUCGUCAAAGCUGCACACUGAUGGAAAGGGGAGCCCGGUUUGUGCGGGCGUUCCCUUGCUUUUCUGACCAUUUCUCCAGCCUGGCUCUUGUACAAUGUCAUUUCUUCCCUGCAGCCCCAUGCACAGUGUGUGGCUCCAGCCCUUGUUAUUGAUAAGGACUGUGACCGCCAUUGGCGUCGGGAGGCUCUGCUCCUUGUGCCAUUUGCCACCUGGCGUUGUCCCUGUACUUUCACCGUUGUCAUCAUGACACUGUGGGGUGGAGCUGGCCAUGGAGGGUGGUGCCAGCGAUGGGAAAGUAUAAAGGCCUCUGCACAAGCGGUGAGAGAUGGCAUCUCCGUGAUCCAGAGCAGUGUCCUCUGUUUCCUCUUUGCUGUCUCCAGCUGAGCAUCACCUUGACCAUGAAAACAAGUGCUGUUUUCCUGCUCCUCUUCCUAGCGAUCGGCUUCACCCAAGGCAAUGCUGAGCCUGACGGCGCUGCUGGCCAAGGAACAGAGGCAGCAUGUGGCAAUUACGACGUAAGGAAAGGUUGCACAAAGAACUUUGACCCCAUCUGUGGCACAGAUGAUGUCCUGUAUGGCAACGAGUGCAUGCUGUGCGUUCAGAACAUGCAAAGACACACUAACGUGCGCAUAAAGAACAGAGGAAAGUGCCAAGAGCCCUCUCCACGCUCCAGCUCUGCUUGAAAUUAAAGGCACGGCUGUGAUAGAGAAGAUGGCAUGAAGGUACUCCUCAUCUCUACAAACUUCAAAUAAAUUGAAAGCAUGA